UAGCUCACGAAGACGACGCAUUCCAAGUUUGUGUACCAACUGUUCAAACCUCUUUGAAGGAAGAGAUUUGUUUAUCUGCAAGAUUGUCGCACGAUGAUCGUAAACAUAUAUCUCCAAAAUUGUUCAUGAAGCAACUCAUCCGGUUAAAAUGGGAGAUUUGAUGAAAAGACAAUUUAAUGUGCUAGACUUGUCUGGGCACAAUUUUCUGGAAUGGACUGUUGAUGCACAGAUGAGCUUGAAGGCCCAAGGACUGGAUCAUACCAUAAAAGAUAUAAUGGUUCCAGGCACCACAGAAAUCAAAACUGCCACCGAGCAGGAAAAGGCCAAAGCUACCGUUCUCAUAAGGCAUCAUUUACAUGAUAGCCUGAAAACUGAAUAUCUGAUGGUGGAGAAUCCCAAAGAGUUGUGGGAUAGCCUUAAAGAAAGAUAUGGACACCAUAAAAGGGUGCUCCUGCCAAAGGCUCAAUUUGACUGGACCAAUCUGAGGUUCCAGGAUUUUAAAUGUGUUGGUGAAUAUAAUUCUACGUUAUUCAAAAUUGUAUCAUUGCUGAGAUACUAUGAUCAAGCGGUCACAUAAGAUCAAAUGAUAGAGAAAACCCUCUCCACCUUUCAUGCGAAUAAUAUUUUAUUGCAACAGCAAUACCGAGAGAGAGGCUUUAAGAGAUAUUCUGAGCUGAUUUCUCUAUUAUUGGAUGCUGAACAGAAUAACGGUCUUCUGUUAAAGAACCAUAAUCUUAGACCAACUGGGUCUAUGACAUUCAAUAAAGCGAAUGCCGUUGAAAGCUCAAACCCACUUGAGGCAAAUGUUGCCCAUAGAGGUGGACGUGGAAGAUUUAACCACCGCGGUAGAGGACGCGGAAACCGACGUGGUCGUGGUCAUGGCACGGGUUAUCUGGGCCCUAGAAAUAAUAAUCACAAAGGGCAUCAACAAGGAAAUCAAAAGCACACCCCCUCAAAAGAGAAAGACACAUGUUUUAGAUGUGGCAUGACUGGCCAUUGGGGGAAAACAUGCCGUACUGCAAAACAUUUGGUAGAUCUGUACCAAACCUCCAUAAAAGGCAAAGGAAAAGUUGCCGAGGCAAAUCAUGUAGAUGAGGAAAAUCCCUCAGGGCCAAGCUUUGAUGUAUUUGAUUUCUUCAAUGAUAACCCUGACAAUGGCAAUGAUCUGAUAUUUGGGGAUAAUAGUAACAUAUAAAUACCCCAUCUAAACUAUGUCAUGUAUCGUUUUUAUGUAUUUUUCUUAUGUAUUUUUCGAUUACCUUGUUAUGAAUUUCUAAUUUUCAUGAAUAAAGUAUUUUGUUAUAA